UACUACGAGAUCACGUUGCGUCGGGGACUCAAUGGGUUGAGCAAGCAUACGAAGAAACAUGCGCAGGCGGUGGGGUUGUUGAGGAGGCAUCAGGUUGUGUGGAGGGCGGUGGGACCGAGGGCGGCUGGACAUGUGUUGAGGUUGAGGGAAUUGGUGGAUGUAAAGCUG